AUGAAAGAGGAGUGUUUUUCUGACCAGUCGUUUUUGUUUUCUUAUAUUGCUAUCAGUUUAGCUGAUUCUUAUGGCAAUAUUAGUGUAAGGAAGAUAACCAGUUCCCUUAGGAUUUCGUAUAGGUGCCUACGGUUGAAAAUAUCAGUAGCCUUUAUUGUUGUGUUUGACAAGGGAAGCAGUACAGUUUCUGUUGCGACAUCAACUGGUAGUCAGUCUUCGCCGCAGUCACAAUUGGUAUCGCCUGCGCUUUCUGUAGGUAGUUCAUCUACACAUUCGUUCAAGCAGAAAAAGGUUUCAACGACCUACGACCCGAGCGACGAACGAGCAGUUCCACCGCUUUUAUCGCCGGGAUCUUUAGUUAAUACGGAUAUGACCAAUACUGCUUGCAUUACCGUCAUAGGGGGUAAUUGUUCAACCUCGUCUUCAGCAGCACGUUCAUACGCCGAAAUUGCGAAAAGUAAAUCACCUGUAAUGGCCUCUUCUUGUGCAAGUGAUGCUCCUUCACAUUCAUCUGCUCGUGACACUUCUCCAGAGCUUUGCACCGCAUCGACGAGCACUAAUAACGAUGAUCGGUGCACGAGUGUUACUUCGUCAGCUGGCGGUUCUGUCGAGAUAAUUGACAAAGAUGGAUCUGGUAAUAAUGGCGGUGGAAAUAAAGUUGAUGGUGAAUCAGCGAAAAGCUCCGCAGUCGAUGGCUUUUCUUUCUUUUAUGAUCCAAAUGAACCAACCUCGAUUUGUGAUGCUCCGUCUUUAACUGCAGAAGGGAACGAAGCUAGUUGUGAAUUCUUUUCGCCAAGCACUCCUACUGCCGUUAAGGUAGGUGAGGCCCCAGCAAAGUCGGUCAUUUUGGAAAACAAACCGGAAAGAAAUGGGGAAAAAUCUGCUAAAUUUGGGACGCAGGAAAAAAAUUCAGAAAAGAUCACUUUCAAGUAUGAUUCGGCUGAAAGCAAACCAAAGGAAGUAGCCUCAAGCAUUGUCUUGAAGUUUGAAGGUGGGAGGACACUUGUUCUACCUUCGAUGAAUGUUGGUGGCUCGUUUGAAGUCGACAGAAAGAAGAAGGAGAUGAUGAAUAGUGCAUGGAAAAGCUUCAUGGAGAAUGGUCCAGCUCCUAUUCGGUAUACUCCAGGAGUUCUUCAAGGUGUUAGCGUUUUAAGUGAUGGUGAUCAUUAG